ACCUGCAAAUACACCUUGAUUCCGCAAUCCUUUGACUGUAAUCUAGAAAUUGAGAAAUGUACCAUCGAUAACUAUAGGCCUACUUUUCAGCGGCGUCAACAGGAUUUGGAAUCGCUUCUGCUCCGCUUCUUCGACUGCACGGACAAUGACAGAUCCAUCUCCCGGUGUAAUAUCUGAUUCUGACCAGAAUGCCAACAUAAUUCCACCUUCAGAGUCUCAAGGGGCAAUGCCUCAUGGCAGUUCUACUGCAGAAGGUGACGGCCCUGUCUUGGAGGUAACGACACACUCGUCUCAGGCCCAGGAGGACCUCACUUUCCCCUUAGUUACCAUUUCUGCCUUCAUUGAAACGGGCCAACAGGAGUCGUCGAUCAAAGUUCCAUUACAACGAUCCUACACCGGUCGAAAGCCCGUAAUAUCAUCCUCCCUUGCCGACACACCCUGCGCUACUCUCGGUAUUCAGGGCAUCUUGGAUGAACUGAAUGCCACACUCGGAACGUCAUACACCCUGGACAUACCGACUCUCUCUUCUGUUCUCGAAGACUGCGUCAAGAGUGACUAUGACUUUGGCACGGCAUAUAGCCGUCUCCGCGCGGUAUGGGGCAUCAAACGCCGGAACACCAUCCAAGAUGAGAUACGUACACGUGAAGCUCGGGACCAGGAGAAGCGACGAAAAGCACUUGUCGGUAACCGGAUUGUCAACCCGAAAUUGGAACCUCGACGGGUCUGGGAUCUAUACGCUAAUCGGGUGGUGCCAUGGUGGAGCAGCGACGCGUUUCUAUGGACGGUCCCGCGGUCAAGUGGUACACGGAUUGUUCUGCCGGUAUCGCAUGCGUGGAUGGACGCGGAGGAUCGCGUCGACGUCUGGACACCUAUCAAUGGGAAGGAAUGGCCCGUACCCAUCCCAAAAGAUGCCAGCCUUGACAGAAUCCGCAUCGAGAUGCUGAAUCUGGGAGUGGAGUACACGUGGUUGGAUGUCCUCUGUUUGAGACAGGAGGGUGGGCCAAGGGAGGACCUGCGCGCCAAAGAGUGGAAGAUCGAUGUGCCCACUAUCGGAUUUGUGUAUGCGAACACCAAAGUCAUGAUCUACCUGGGUGGGCUGGGGCGGCCUUUUACUUUGAAGGACGGUGACUUGGACAGUGAUCGCUGUUGGUUUAGACGCGCGUGGACACUACAGGAGAUUGGCAAGGAGAGGAUCAUUGUCGGGGAUACACCUGAUGGACCGCUGCAUGCGAAACCAAUAGACAAGGAUGGGAACUAUGAUACUGAGAUACUGACAAGAUUUCACAAGCAGCUGCGGUCCAUCAGCGCUGUCAAUCAUCUGAGUUUGCAGCUGCCAGUCUCCCCCACGAUAUUUGAGGCCCUGUCACAGAUGCAGAACCGGGUAUCCACCAAUCCUGUGGACAAAGUCGCGGGACUGGCAUUCCCUCUGGACCCCAUAACGAUACCGGCAUACCGAGAGAGCGAAUCUCUCGAAGAUGCAUGGACGGAAUUAGUGAAUGCCAUGUCUGUGCGGAAUCGGGGUCGGCUGUUCAUCUUGUAUCCUGAACCAGGAGAUACGGGCAUGAAGUGGAGACCGUCAUGGGAGCAGGUCAUGAAGAAGCCUCUGCCUGUGGGCCAGUACUACUCCACGAUGGAAGUUCAUUGGGAUAGGGAGAUGAAUGAUAAUUGGUUUGAAGGGUCCUGCAUUGAAAAGGUAUUUGUGCGAGGGUUGGCCGCGGGAAGUGCGGAAAAGGUUAAGCGACGUGGCAAGCUGAUCAUUAAAGAUGCCAAUGGCGCAGAACAUACAUUGGACAUCAUUGCACGCCACAAGUUCCCAAUACCUGAGGACAUGUACACAUUGCUUGGUAUGGAUGGAUUUGUUCUCCGACUGAUUCUGAAACGAUGUUGGGUUGUCGGGCGAAGACUAUCUGACGAAAAGUUUGAGAAAGUGUCCGUGUUCGAAAUCGCCAAUGAUAAAGAAGUACGGAGGCUGGAGCGUUUGGGUAUUAAAAGGUGUCGGAAUAUUCUUAUUUGAGGUGAGUACAUAUUUUCCGGCAGUUCUGGAUCGCCGUUUCUCAACUCGGGUAGCCAUCAGGCCUAUUCAGAAUUUACUGCACAUAUACGAUGGUACAUCCUGUCCAUUGAGAUACUCGCAAACAUAAUUAGCAUUCUCCAUCGUAUGCAUGCGUUUGCUGCACACCAAUGAAAACUCAUUUCGCUAUUCUUCCUGCUCUUGUCAACUGAUACGCAGAAAAAACAUAUUUGUGUUAUAAAUUGAGAAGGUGUAUAGAAAUUGGUGACGAUAGUAAGACGCCAGGCUUAUGGUGUUGAUCCCUACCAUCAUAACAGCGACUCUCCCCCAUCAUUUCUUGGAGCCUCCUUCAUCAUGGUCCAACGUCAACCACUGUCUAUGACCAGGUCAAUGACUCCAAGACAU